UUAUUUAUAAAAACAAAACAAAACAAAAAACAACAACAACACAGUCGUCUGUCGAAAUUCGGGCUUUUAUGGUGGAGUACAUGUUGGCAGACUCUAACCGGAAGUGCUGGAUGAAUAGCUGAAUAGGCACAGCUGUGAAAUCUCCGACCAUCAGGUCUCUGUGUGUGGUAUUAUAGAGGACAGUCAUGUCCUCAGACCUGCUGGUGGAUCUGCACGAUGAGCUGGGGGGGGAUGAUUCUCCCAGUGCGGCUCUCGACCAGCUCAAACUGGUGCCAGAAAAGCAGUGGCCACAGGAUGACCCAGUCAGCGUCAGCAAGUCUGCUACAGAUAUUAAGAGUCUCACUGAAGGCUCUCACCUGGCAUGGGAUGAUCCCUUCUAUGAUAUUGCAAGGCAUCAAAUAGUGGAAGUGGCAGGUGAUGAUAACUUCGGCCGAAAAGUGAUCGUGUUCAGCGCAUGUCGCAUGCCCCCACAGCAUCAGCUAAACCACCACAUGUUACUGAUGUACCUAAAACAGACCCUGGAUAAGUAUGUGGAGAGUGAUUACACACUGAUCUACUUCCACCAUGGCAUGACCAGUGAGAACAAGUUGUCCCUCAGCUGGCUACGAGAUGCUUACCGCGAGUUUGAAAGAAAGUAUAAGAAGAACAUUAAGGCAUUUUACAUUGUCCAUCCCACCAUGUUUAUCAGAACUGUCCUCAUCUUCUUCAAACCACUGAUCAGCUUCAAAUUUGGCCGUAAAGUCCACUAUGUGAACUACCUGAGUGAACUGGAGGAGAUAGUGAAGUGUGAUCAGCUGGUUAUUCCCAGUCGAGUCAGAGCGUAUGAUGAUAAAAUCCGUAUGAACCUGAAGCCAUCUGUGGUACCUGGUCCAAUUUCACCAGCUCACAGCCCUCCUCUCCCGUUCCAGCAGUUUGGGGUUUCACUCUCAGCGUUGAGAGACAGGGGUGCGGACUCGGACGGAAUUCCACUGGUGAUGCGAGACACCAUCACUUUCCUGCAGGAAAAGGGUCUGCAAACAGAGGGAAUAUUCCGGCGCUCUGCUAACGUGAAUCUGGUGAAGAGCAUACAACUCAAAUACAACUCGGGUGAGCAGGUGAAUUUCUUUGAGAUUGACGACGUGCACUUAGCCGCGGUAAUCUUGAAGACGUUCCUCAGAGAACUUCCAGAACCGCUGCUUACAUACAACCUCUAUGAUGAAGUUGUCACCUUUCACAGGGUGGACAGUGCAUCUCAAGCUGUUACAAUCCAAAGCAUGCUGAUGUCACUUCCUGAGGAGAACUAUGCAUCAUUGCGCUUCCUCGUCCAGUUUCUCGCUCAGGUGUCGGCCGAGAGCGAGAUGAACAAGAUGACCAACACAAACCUGGCUGUGGUGUUUGGCCCCAAUCUGCUGUGGGGACAGGACGCCGCCAUGACACUCAGUUCCAUCGGACCAAUCAACAACUUCACCCGCGCCCUGCUCGACCUGCACGAGGAAGUUUUCAGCCAGUGAAAAACAGUGGCCCUGCCUCUGUAUAUAAUCCACACCAUUUGUGCUUUGCCUCUUUGUGUUGCCAAAUUCAUGAGUGUUGAAUAAAUGAGUGAGAUUGUCAGGAAGGAAAAUGAGUGAGAUUGUCAGGAAGGAAAGUUGCAGGUACAGGAUUUGAAGAGGCUGAGGGUGAGUUUUCCAGUAUACUUAUGAUGUUUUUUUGUUUUUUUUCCUUUUUGGGCAUGACAAUAAUUCAGACAAUCAGUAUCAAUUUGACUUUUCGGCUUAUCCUAUUGAGAUCAUGUAGUUAUCAUUAUCAUGGUACUAGUCAAGAAGAGAAAUUUUACAUAGUCUCUGCUCUCCGAUCAGAUCAGUCACAUAUGCAUUGAUGUAUGUACAGAAGGCUCCAAAAGUCUGAGUUCACCACCAAGAAAUAUCUCCUUUGUCAAAAUGAGGAACCGUAGUGAGUCAAUAAUAGGUGUUAUUUACGAAGAGAUGACACUAUGCAUUACCUUCUAUAUAAAUGGUGUCAUAAUUUGGAAAGUAAAUAAGUAACGCAAACAGGAUGUUCAGCUAUAUUUUGGUUUCAUUCAAAGCACUUGUUUUUAAAUCAGCAACAGUUAGCAGAAUCGGUUGUGGACUUUUGGACCAUAAUGUGAUUUGUAAAGAUCAGGUUAUUGUUAUUGGUGGAGGGUUAUACAGUUCCUUAUUAUUAGAUAUAUAAUAUAUGCAUCCACAUGGCUUACUUUUUAGGGUUUUUUUUAAUCGUCUGGGGAUUAUUUAAAUAAAUUUGACCUUUCUGUAUAGAUAUUACUUUAAGGUAAUAUCUAUCAGAGUAUAAGCUUUUCUGUGCAAGAGAGACGUCCUUUCCUGUAUCGGCCAUGAUCACAGCUAUGGACCAAUGUAAAGCACUAAUACUCAAACUUGAAACACUUUUUUUUUUUUUUUUUAUUUUUUUUUUUAUAAACAUUUAGAGGAGAUUCUCAGUUGUUCUUUAUUUUUUAUAACAUUUCAUACUUGUAUAAUCUUUUCUACUCUUGGUGUCGUUGUAUUCUUUUUUUCUUUUCUUUUCUAUAGUGGUCUGAUGCUGACCGAAGAGGGGACUUAAGGUUUUUUUAAUGUCUAAAAUAGUUAUAAUUCACAUCUGCAUAUUAUAUUUCACACACAUUCGCUAUACAUUUAUCAUAUAUAGUAGAGAUAAACAGAUUUCAGUCAUGAGUGCUAAUUUAGAUUCAGUUCUAAUUUGGGUUUUGUAUUGAGUCGACAACAAUCAUAAGGACAGGGGGAGCUGAUCCUGGAUCGGUCAAUACCUCUGGAUCCAGAGCGUAGGCAUCAAUGUCCUGCGGUCAGUCAUGUUUCUCAGUGGCUCCGCUUAUUGUUAUUAAUGCUGAGCACUUAGAUUGGGGCUUAAUGCUGAGAUUUGUUACUGAAAUGAAUGAAAGUGGCACUGACUGAAGAUUCAAAACCAGACGUCUGAGCUGUGUUGAUCUUCUAUUAAAACAUUUGAUAUUUUCUGCCUCUACAGCAGCCGAGAAAGCAAUUGGGUUUACUUCAGUGAUGCUGUUCGGUUCUAACCCUUAAGUCUUCUUUUACCCAAAAAAUGUAAUCCUUUUUUUUUUUACUUUGAGACUUGAAAGCUUGCCCUGAAUAAUCUUAUAUUAACUCAGUGUUCUAUAAAAGAGAACAGAGCUGGAACACCCCGGACUCAAUAUUAAACGAGAACCUUUUCCAUAUUCCAUAUCAUCCAUAUAUUAUCCUGUUUAUUCACUCUGGGGGAAAAAAAAUGAUGGAUGAAACUGUCCCCCAUGUUUCCCUGAACAUUGCACUACUGCACUAUCUGCCUGUGGGGUACAGGGUGCUUUCUGCUGAAAGGAGCUUCCAUGAUCCUGUAUUUCAUUUCCAUCACAGGAGGGAAAGGUGGCUAAAUGUUUGCACAGUGGGUUGCUUUUCCCCAUCAAGUUUAAAAUCCAGUCCAUAUUCGCUGUGUAGUGCACCAUUUUGUGAGUUUUGCAGCCUAGUGGAAAAUAUCCUGUGCAUUCAUGACACCCUACAAUGAACUGCAAUAGGCAGGUGUCCAUUACGCACAGAAUAAUCAUAAUGCACUUUGCUAUUUAUAGGGAAUGGCACAGGAUGAACAGGGUUUUACUCAAUCUCAGUGCGGUGUCAUAUGCCUCCAUGUUGAAACGUAAUUGUUUACUGUGUAUGUAGGUCAACCUCCAGUUUGUGCCUGUGUACAUUUUGGCAUAACAGUGGUAAAAACGUUUAGUGAACCCCCCCAAAUCCCAAGUGUUCGUGUGCCUUAUUGAAGUUUUAGGCGUUAGAUUGUGGUGUUCUAGAUUUUAGCCAUUUGAGUCUCCUUCCUCUGCUCAUAUCUGUGAACUUUGUGCCUUUUUGUUGUAAAUCUCAUCCCAGUGCCAUCCAGAUCACCUGUGCUGUGUGGAUAUCUGUAUUUCUACCUUCUAGGUGGAAAGCUGAAGGUUUUAGCUUCCAUCUUCACUGUUUGUGUCAUUCUUUUUAGAUCUGUACUUUUGUAAAUGUAAUAAAUGGUAUAUAAGUAAUAAAAUGUAUACAGUGGUA